GGCAGAGCUGUGCCCCGUACUCACCCCCACCCCCUAAACGAAAAGGAACAUGUCAGAGUUGCACGAAGUUGCCCCCGAGCCGGUGCAGAUGGCCGUGCCCGGCAUCCCGCCCUCCUUGCCCUCCUCCGGAACCACACACCCCUACUUAAUGAAGAGCAUCGACUUCCUCAGAACCACGCAGCAGUACUCGGUGAUCCCCUUCAGCGCGUUCUCGGCGCUUCACGUCGCCAGCGUUGUCGUCGGGCCAGCGCUCUUUGGGCCCGAGGUGGGCAACGACAUGAUCAGCGUCGGCAGAGAGCUUUACCACGUCCCGCUCGUCGAGCUCGGCAUCUUGGUGUCGGCGUGUGUGCACGUCGUGAGCGGCAUAGCAGUGAACCUGCUCCGCCAAUACUACAACUACGUGAAAUACGGCAAGGCGAAGCGCAAGAAGAACCAGAACCGGACUAAGCUGGAGACGGCCAUGAAGAUCACCCGCAGCCCCAACGACGUCGAGGUGAGGGACAUCGACGAGGGCCUGGGCGGCAUCAGCUCCAUCGUCGGCGCCGGCUCCCGUCCGUCGAUCACGUCCCGUUUCCUUGGUUUGAGCCCGCUCGCCUUCUCCGGCUACGUCUUGCUCGUCCUCCUCGGCGGCCACGUCUACUACGAGCGUGUGGCCCCGCUCCUGGUCGACGGCGACAGCUCGAUGAUUGACAUGACCUACAUCGCCCACGGCCUUCAGCAGAAAUUCUGGGAGGCUUUCACCGCCCUCAACUUGUUGGUUGCUACGGGCUGCUACCACAUGCUCGUCGGUUGGAACAGGUACCUCCGCCGCUUCUCCCUACGGGCCCGCAAGAACACAUACCUCACUCUUGGCGUCCUCAGCGCCCUCUGCUGCGCCAGCUUGCUCCGUGUCCGCAACCUGGACGUCUUCGCUGCUGCCGCCCACCGCUUCGACAUUUACCUGGCCCAAUGACGGCCCUUUGUGUAUCUUCUGCUCUACUGUGUACCGUACCCUGUCCUUCUUUGCAACGGUCAUCGCCGGUCAAAUCCCCCGACCCGCCCCG